CCGCCCCCCUCGCCCCGGGGGCGCAGCUGAUCCCGGAAUCCGAGGCGUGGGGCUGGCGGGGCGCGGGGUCCCUCUCCACGCCGGCUUCGGGGACACGCGUCAACCCCGCGUCUCUGCCCGGGACGACCCCGCUGCCCGGCCACGUCCAUGCCAAGGGCUCCCUGCUCCACGCUGACAUGGCUGACAGCAACUUACCGCCCUCAUCUGCAGCAGCCCCGGCCCCUGAGCCGGGAAUCACUGAGCAGCCGGGGCCCCGGAGUCCCCCUCCGUCCCCUCCAGGCCUGGAGGAGCCAUUGGAAGGAACCAACCCUGACGUCCCACAUCCAGACCUGGCUCCUGUUGCUUUCUUCUGCCUGCGCCAGACCACGAGCCCACGGAACUGGUGCAUCAAGAUGGUUUGUAACCCGUGGUUCGAGUGUGUGAGCAUGCUGGUUAUUCUGCUGAACUGUGUGACCCUGGGCAUGUACCAGCCAUGUGAUGACAUGGAGUGCCUGUCGGACCGCUGCAAGAUCCUGCAGGUCUUUGAUGACUUCAUCUUCAUCUUCUUUGCCAUGGAGAUGGUGCUUAAGAUGGUGGCCCUGGGCAUUUUUGGCAAGAAGUGCUACCUCGGGGACACAUGGAACCGCCUGGAUUUCUUCAUUGUCAUGGCAGGGAUGGUCGAGUACUCUCUGGACCUACAGAACAUCAACCUGUCAGCCAUCCGCACUGUGCGUGUCCUGAGGCCUCUCAAAGCCAUCAAUCGUGUACCCAGCAUGCGGAUCCUGGUGAACCUGCUGCUCGACACGCUGCCCAUGCUGGGGAAUGUGCUCCUGCUCUGUUUCUUCGUCUUCUUCAUCUUCGGCAUCAUCGGCGUGCAGCUCUGGGCAGGCCUGCUACGGAACCGCUGCUUCCUGGAAGAGAACUUCACCAUACAAGGGGAUGUGGCCCUGCCCCCUUAUUACCAACCAGAGGAGGAUGAUGAGAUGCCCUUUAUCUGCUCCCUGUCGGGGGACAAUGGCAUCAUGGGCUGCCACGAGAUCCCCCCACUGAAGGAGCAGGGCCGGGAAUGCUGCCUGUCCAAAGACGAUGUGUAUGACUUCGGGGCGGGGCGCCAGGACCUCAACGCCAGCGGUCUGUGCGUCAACUGGAACCGUUACUACAACGUCUGCCGCACGGGCAACGCCAACCCUCACAAGGGCGCCAUCAACUUUGACAACAUUGGCUAUGCCUGGAUUGUGAUUUUCCAGGUGAUCACUCUGGAAGGCUGGGUGGAGAUCAUGUACUAUGUGAUGGACGCACAUUCUUUCUACAACUUCAUCUACUUCAUCCUGCUCAUCAUAGUGGGCUCCUUCUUCAUGAUCAACUUGUGCCUCGUUGUCAUAGCAACCCAGUUCUCUGAGACCAAGCAACGGGAGCACCGGCUGAUGCUGGAGCAACGCCAGCGCUACCUGUCCUCCAGCACGGUGGCCAGUUACGCUGAGCCCGGUGAUUGCUAUGAGGAGAUCUUCCAAUAUGUCUGUCACAUUCUUCGCAAAGCCAAGCGCCGUGCCCUAGGCCUCUACCAGGCCGUGCAGAACCGGCGCCAGGCCAUGGGCCCGGGGACACCAGCCCCUGCCAAGCCUGGGCCCCAUGCCAAGGAGCCCAGCCACUGCAAGCUGUGCCCACGACACAGCCCCCUGGACCCCACUCCCCACACACUGGUGCAGCCCAUCUCUGCCAUUCUGGCCUCUGACCCCAGCAGCUGCCCUCACUGCCAGCACGAGGCAGGCAGGCGGCCCUCUGGCCUGGGCAGCACCGACUCAGGCCAGGAAGGCUCAGGUUCUGGUGGCUCUGCAGAGGCCGAAGCCAACGGGGAUGGACCCCAGAGCAGUGAGGAUGGGGUCUCCUCGGACCUGGGGAAGGAGGAGGAACAGGAGGACGGGGCAGCCCGACUGUGUGGGGAUGUGUGGCGCGAGACACGAGCCAAGCUGCGGGGCAUCGUGGACAGCAAGUACUUCAACAGAGGUAUCAUGAUGGCUAUCCUGGUCAACACAGUCAGCAUGGGCAUCGAGCACCACGAACAGCCCGAGGAGCUGACCAACAUCCUGGAGAUCUGCAAUGUGGUCUUCACCAGUAUGUUUGCCCUGGAGAUGAUCCUGAAACUGGCCGCCUUCGGGCUCUUCGACUACCUGCGGAACCCUUACAACAUCUUUGACAGCAUCAUCGUCAUCAUCAGCAUCUGGGAAAUCGUGGGGCAGGCAGACGGUGGCCUGUCUGUGCUGCGCACCUUCCGGCUGCUGCGGGUGCUGAAGCUGGUGCGCUUCAUGCCGGCGCUGCGGCGCCAGCUCGUGGUGCUCAUGAAGACCAUGGACAACGUGGCCACCUUCUGCAUGCUACUCAUGCUGUUCAUCUUCAUCUUCAGCAUCCUUGGGAUGCAUAUCUUUGGCUGCAAAUUCAGCCUCCGCACGGACACGGGAGACACAGUUCCUGACAGGAAGAACUUCGAUUCCUUACUGUGGGCCAUCGUCACAGUGUUCCAGAUCCUCACUCAGGAGGACUGGAACGUUGUCCUGUACAAUGGCAUGGCCUCCACCACCCCCUGGGCCUCCCUCUAUUUUGUUGCCCUCAUGACCUUUGGCAACUACGUUCUCUUCAAUCUCCUGGUGGCUAUCCUGGUAGAGGGUUUCCAGGCUGAGGGUGAUGCUAAUCGUUCCUACUCUGAUGAGGACCAGAGCUCAUCCAAUUUAGAGGAGUUUGACAAGCUCCCAGAGGGCCUGGACAACAGUAGAGAUCUCAAGCUCUGCCCAAUACCCAUGACGCCCAAUGGACACCUGGACCCUAGCCUCCCUCUGGGUGCGCAUCUGGGUCCUGCUGGUACCAUGGGUACUGCCCCCCGCCUCUCACUGCAGCCAGACCCCGUACUGGUGGCCCUAGACUCUCGGAAAAGCAGUGUCAUGUCCCUGGGCAGGAUGAGCUAUGAUCAGCGAUCCUUGUCCAGCUCCCGGAGCUCCUACUACGGGCCCUGGGGCCGCAGUGGGACCUGGGCUAGCCGCCGCUCCAGCUGGAACAGCCUGAAACACAAGCCGCCCUCAGCUGAGCAUGAGUCCUUACUGUCUGGGGAGCGUGGAGGUAGCUGCGUCAGGGCCUGUGAAGGCGCCCGGGAGGAGGCGCCGACUCGUGCCGCACCCCUGCAUGCUCCACACACGCACCACGCGCACCAUGGACCCCACCUGGCACACCGUCACCGACACCACCGCCGGACUCUGUCCCUCGAUACCAGGGACUCUGUUGACCUGGGAGAGCUGGUGCCCGUGGUGGGUGCCCACUCACGGGCCGCUUGGAGGGGGGCGGGUCAGGCCCCUGGGCACGAAGACUGCAAUGGCAGAAUGCCCAACAUAGCCAAGGAUGUCUUCACCAAGAUGGAUGACCGCCGCGACCGUGGGGAGGACGAGGAGGAGAUCGACUAUACCCUGUGUUUCCGGGUCCGCAAGAUGAUUGAUGUGUACAAGCCAGACUGGUGCGAAGUCCGCGAGGACUGGUCGGUCUACCUCUUCUCCCCCGAGAACAAGUUCCGGAUCCUGUGUCAGACCAUCAUUGCUCACAAGCUUUUUGACUACGUGGUCUUGGCCUUCAUCUUCCUCAACUGUAUCACCAUUGCUCUGGAGAGACCCCAGAUUGAAGCUGGUAGCACUGAGCGCAUCUUCCUCACAGUGUCUAACUACAUCUUCACAGCCAUCUUCGUGGGCGAGAUGACACUGAAGGUGGUUUCUCUGGGCCUGUACUUCGGUGAGCAGGCGUACCUGCGUAGCAGCUGGAAUGUACUAGAUGGUUUCCUGGUCUUUGUGUCCAUCAUCGAUAUCGUAGUGUCCGUGGCCUCUGCUGGGGGAGCCAAGAUUCUGGGGGUCCUCCGGGUCCUGAGGCUCCUGCGUACCUUACGUCCUUUGAGGGUUAUCAGCCGGGCCCCUGGGCUGAAGCUGGUGGUAGAGACGCUCAUCUCCUCCCUCAAGCCCAUUGGGAACAUCGUCCUCAUCUGCUGUGCCUUCUUCAUCAUCUUCGGCAUCCUGGGGGUGCAGCUUUUCAAAGGCAAGUUCUACCAUUGUUUGGGAGUGGACACCCGAAACAUCACCAACCGAUCUGACUGCGUGGCCGCCAACUACCGCUGGGUGCAUCACAAAUACAACUUUGACAACCUGGGCCAGGCUUUGAUGUCCCUCUUUGUCUUGGCCUCCAAGGACGGCUGGGUGAACAUCAUGUAUAAUGGGUUGGAUGCUGUUGCUGUGGACCAGCAGCCAGUGACGAACCACAACCCCUGGAUGCUGCUGUACUUCAUUUCGUUCCUGCUCAUCGUCAGCUUCUUUGUGCUCAACAUGUUCGUGGGCGUGGUUGUGGAGAACUUCCACAAGUGCCGGCAGCACCAGGAGGCUGAGGAGGCACGGCGGCGUGAGGAGAAACGGCUGCGGCGCCUGGAAAAGAAGCGUCGUAAGGCUCAGAGGCUGCCCUACUAUGCCACCUACUGUCCCACAAGGCUGCUCAUCCACUCCAUGUGCACCAGCCACUACCUGGACAUCUUCAUCACCUUCAUCAUCUGCCUCAAUGUUGUCACCAUGUCCCUGGAGCACUACAACCAGCCUACAUCCCUAGAGACAGCCCUCAAGUACUGCAACUACAUGUUCACCACUGUCUUUGUGCUGGAGGCCGUGCUGAAACUGGUGGCAUUUGGCCUGAGGCGUUUCUUCAAGGACCGAUGGAACCAGCUGGACCUGGCCAUUGUGCUGCUGUCUGUCAUGGGCAUCACACUGGAGGAGAUCGAGAUCAAUGCCGCCCUGCCCAUCAACCCCACCAUCAUCCGUAUCAUGCGUGUUCUGCGUAUUGCCCGGGUGUUGAAGCUAUUGAAGAUGGCCACAGGAAUGCGGGCCCUGCUGGACACAGUGGUACAGGCUCUGCCCCAGGUGGGCAACCUGGGCCUGCUCUUCAUGCUGCUCUUCUUCAUCUAUGCUGCUCUGGGAGUGGAGCUCUUCGGAAAGCUGGUCUGCAAUGACGAGAACCCGUGUGAGGGCAUGAGCCGGCACGCCACCUUCGAGAACUUCGGCAUGGCCUUCCUCACGCUCUUCCAGGUCUCCACAGGCGAUAACUGGAAUGGAAUUAUGAAGGACACUCUGCGAGACUGUACCCAUGAUGAACGCAGCUGCCUAAGCAGCCUGCAGUUUGUGUCACCGCUCUACUUCGUGAGCUUCGUGCUCACAGCUCAGUUCGUGCUCAUCAACGUGGUGGUGGCCGUGCUGAUGAAACAUCUGGAUGACAGCAACAAGGAGGCCCAGGAGGAUGCAGAGAUGGAUGCUGAGAUCGAGCUGGAGAUGGCCCAUGGCCUCGGCCCCUGCCCUGGCCCCUGCCCUGGUCCCUGCCCCUGCCCCUGCCCUGCCCCUGUCCUGGCCCGAGGCUGCCCACUAGUUCACCUGGGCUCCGGGCCGAGGAUCGGGAGGGGCAGGUGUUGGAGGCGACACCGAGAGCCACCUGUGCCGGCACUCUAUUCUCCAGCCCAGGAGACCCUGUGGCUGGACAGCGUCUCUUUAAUCAUCAAGGACUCCUUGGAGGGGGAGCUGACCAUCAUUGACAACCUGUCUGGCUCUGUCUUCCACCACUACGCCUCACCUGCCGGCUGUGGCAAGUGUCACCAUGACAAGCAAGAGGUGCAGCUGGCUGAGACAGAGGCCUUCUCCCUGAACUCAGACAGGUCUUCAUCCAUCCUGCUGGGGGAUGACCUGAGUCUUGAGGACCCCACGGCCUGCCCACAGGGCCCCAAGGAGAGCAAGGGUGAACUAGAGCCUCCGGAGCCCAUGCAGGCUGGAGACCUGGAUGAAUGCUUUUUCCCCUUUGCCAGCGAGCCAGUGUCCACAGGCCCAGAGAGCCUGCUGUGCGAGAUGGGGGCCAUUCCAUUCAACCCUGUCCAGUCCUGGCUCAAACACGAGAGCAGCCAAGCACCCCAGAGCCCUUUCUCCCCGGAUGGCUCCAGCCCUCUCCUGCAGAUGCCUGCUGAGUUCUUCCACCCUGCUGUGUCUGCCAGCCAGAAGGGACAGGAACCAGGCAUGAGUGCAGGAACCCUGCCCAAGAUUGCACUUCAGGGGUCCUGGGCAUCGCUGAGGUCACCGAGUGUCAACUGCACCCUCUUGCGCCAGGCUACUGUGAGUGACACGUCCUUGGAUGCCAGUCCUAGCAGCUCAGCGGGCAGCCUGCAGACCACACUGGAAGACAGUCUGACUCUGAGUGACAGUCCCCGGCGUGCCCUGGGGCCGCCGGUCCAGGUGCCUGGGCCACGGGCUAGUCUGUCACCGGCCACCCGGCGCCGCCUCAGCCUGCGGGGCCGUGGCCUGUUUAGUCUGCGUGGGCUGCGGGCCCAUCAGCGUAGCCACAGCAGCGGCGGCUCCACCAGCCCUGGCUGCACUCACCACGACUCCAUGGACCCCUCUGAUGAGGAGGGCCGGGGGGGCGCAGGUGGCGGGGGUGCAGGCAGUGAGCACUCGGAGACCCUCAGCAGCCUGUCACUCACAUCUCUCUUCUGCCUACCACCCACGCUGCCACCACCCGGCCUCACCCCAGCCAGGAAGUUCAACAGUACCAGCAGCCUGGCCGCUGGACCUGGCCGUCCUGGCUCCACUGUCUCAGCCCGUGGUCUGGUCAGAAGCCCCUCAUGGGCUGCAGACCGCAGCAAGGACCCACCAGGCCAAGCUCAGCUGGUCUCAGGCUUGGGCUCCUCAGCACCCGGGCCACAGCCACCUCCCGGGGAGUCAACUGAUGCUGCGAGCAAAAGGAAGAGAUGAGGGGCCGCAGGGGCUGCGGGGGACCUGCUACCCGCUAUCCUCCCGCCUGCCCCAUCUUGCCUUCUUUUACCUCAGGAGCCAGGGAGCAGACAGCAAUACUUUGCCCACACCUGGGAGUGGCAUAGGGGCCAGCCAGCGCCAGGCCACUGGGCAGGCGACCGAGAGGGUCUGAGUUAGCCGAGGCUCAGAUGUGGCCCCAUCCGAGGCCCUUCCAGUGCAUAUGCAGAUAUAUACAUAUAUAUAUAGAGACAGACAUAUAUUUAUUUAUUUUUUUUACUGAGAGCUUAUGAAUUCCAGAAAGUGCUAAAGUUGAGGGUGUAGGCCAGAGCCCAAACAGGGGUCUCGUCUGUUGGUUAGCACACAGGCCUUCACAGCGCAGAUGCUUCUGCUGGGCAUCGGUGGCUGUAGUUUUAGGGGUCUCCCCGAGUUGAGAGCAGCUUGGGAGGGCGUUCAGGGCCCAGGAGACAGAAGAGAAGCAAUUCAGGGUGCACUUUUUUUCCCUUUUAAGAGACUCUACUAAGUUCCCCAACCCCUACCCACACGUCAGGGUAUCAGUCUUGUCCCUCUGACUAUUGUGUUGUUGUGAAGUCUUUCGUUAGACACUCCGGACGCAAACUUUCUUAGCCAGCUAGAUGUUCCCUUUAGAAAAACCAGGGGGGAUUUUAGUCAUAUUUCUUAGAGCAGGGUUGGGGGACAGGGUAGUUCUAGGCUGGGCAGGGGGCUCAGGGUGCAGUUUUGACUUCUGCGAGCACUUUGGGGGACAGUUCAACCCCAGCUCCCCGAAGGCAGCAAACAGGAAUAAUUCACACAAGAGAGAGGGCAGGGAAAGGGGCCAGUGGUACUUGGUCCACGGAGACGCCUGGGUACUUGCUCGGGAACUUUCUGUCCUUCUCCACUAUGAAGGCCUCAUACUUCAGCAUUCCUGGGGAUUACGGUCACCUACCCUGAGCAGCCCCACCCUUGCCCCAGAGGUGUUUGGGGGUAAGAAAUCUGAAGUGGGCUGAGAACACCCGCCCAAAGCCUGGCUCUAGCCUUUCCCUGCCCCAACACUCAGCCUCUAGCCAGUUACCCGGACAUUCACGUCCUCGGACUCAUCGCUGUCUCAAGCUGCAGGCUGGGUCUCACAAUGGUCCUGCUUCCUGAACCAGUUCAGGACGGGUGUUUUUCUACCUGAAAGGCUUUCACAGGCUAAGCUCUAAAGUGGCUGGGUUUAAAAUCAGCUGGAAGAGUGUGGCCUCCUGCUGCUGGCUGCUGUUCAGGGCAGUAUCAUGGGGUGCUUGCUCACAUUACUAAGGGUCACCAUGGGCCCUGCUAAGAGCAGGAGUGUGUCUUGUGUCUCUGCUCCCAAACCCUGAGUUCUCAGAAGUGGGCUUCUAGCCAGGUUAGUGAGCAGCAGCUGCUGUGUUUGUAGGUUCUGGGGUGUUCCUACCUAGCACAGGGGUUCCCGUCUAGCGC